AUGGCCGGUAAUGCCAUCAUCAACAACCACUGUGGUUACGAUGUCACCGUCUUGAGCACCGCUACCAACGCUCAAGCCCCUAUCCCUGCUGGUGGCUCCUGGUCCGAGGGCCUCCAAGGUCACCAGUCGCUCAAGAUUGCCAAGGACCCCAACCUCAUGUGGGCACACGGCAUCACCCAGUUCGAGUACUCCGUCGCCGACACCCUCUGGUACGACACCUCGCUCAUCGACUGCGUGAACUUCGGCGCCGAUGGUGGCGUCGAUGGCGCCAACUGCGCCGGUUACGACGCCGGUAUCCGCCUGGAGGCCAGCGGCGGCACUUGCGCUGUUGCCAACCUCCCUCCCAACACGCACGACCCUGCUCAGGCCUACUUCGUCUGGAACGACGAUUUGGCCACCAAGAGCUGCCUUCCUGGAGAGAUUGGCGGUGACAUCACCAUGACUCUCUGCUCUGGUGGAGGUGCUAAGAGGAGUGUUGCUGGCCGCAUCCAGUACUAG